GGAGCAGCCCUCCUCCAACUCCCAUCGAAUCGAGCGAAGGGCGAAAGUCACCUUUCCCAUGGAGCUAUAUAAGAGACAUGCAAGUCAGGUACAGCAAUCGCCGCCCCGUCCGCCUGUCUUUCCUUGCACCGGAGUAUCCCAUUUUGGAACUUGGCAUGAAUUACGGCGGAGGCGGGUACUACAUCUUACAAGUCGACGUUUUCGGCGAGACAACAGAGAGAGAAGAGUCGGAGUUCUCAAUGGACGACGUCGAUUGGGAGACGCGCGCGUCGCACAUCGAGUCAGAGUCAGAGGACGAAGGAGGUCGAGAAGUCUUGCAGCGCGCUGUGGACAAUGGGUCCACUUCCGAGUCUGUGCUGACGAGAUGGAUGGAGGAAGUGAAGGGAGUGUUCCGCCUCGACGGGCUUCCCUAGCGACGCUAGAGUCUUACGGCCGAUUUCUGAGUGAUUCUUCUUAGUGCUGUAACACAAGUGUAGUUAAGGAUUUGUCGUUCUAGUCAGGGUCCGGUGGUCGUAU